AUGAAGUUCCACAACUGUGUUGUGUGCAACACACGUACGAAACCAAAAAACAGAAGACCGGUGAACAAAUCCAUAAAGAAUUAUCUGUUGAAAAAGUUUUUCAUUAACGCUGAUGAGAGGUCAAUUAUAUGUAAUAAAUGCAGACAUAACUAUUAUAUAGCUGAGACGCAGCGUAGUUCAACAUACAGUUCAACAGAAGCAAGUGAGCCGGACUUUCAUCCGCCAGCCUCUAAAGGGAAUUCUUCAUAUCUUAGCCCUCCGUCUGUUUCACUGAAAAUACCGUGCACUACAAAGACUCAUGCUAAAUGUUUCUUGUGUAAGAGACCGGGACCUAAACUCAUCGUUGUACCCUCCGAGACAAGAGUGACGGUAUUUAUAAAAUUCAAUAUACUGAUACCAUCCGGAUCACGCUGCUGUCCUGUACAUAUAUAUAAUGAGCAGAUUUCAGAGGAGUCCCUUAUAAACGUUCUAACCACAGACACAGUCUUUAUGAGCAGAACAAAUAUCUUAGAGUUGAUCGGGGCUAUAAGAAAGGAAUGCAUCAGAACAAGUGAAAGGCUUAAUUUUGACAACUUGAGAGAAGCAGAUUAUAAAGAACUGACUGGACUUAAGCAGACAGACUUUGAAGACCUCUUCCUUAGUAUAGAAGAGCAUAUUCGGAGCUCACCCGUACGUAGUCCGAGAACUACAGUUGGACUGUUCCUGUUGAAAUUAAAGUCUGGCAUAUCAAACAAACUUCUUUCAACAAUUUUAGGUAUAACGCCGUCAAGUGUCCGAAGAGCAAUUUCAAGUGUAAGACGUGCAUUAAUGCAGCAUUUUGUUCCGGCGAACUUGGGUCUUGCACAUAUAUCUAGGCAAGAAAUUAUUGACAAACACACAAGACCUCUUGCUCAGUCACUGUUUGGUACAGAUGAGUCGGGUGACAGUCAGCCAAAGAUGAUGCUUGUUUUAGAUGGAACGUAUGUUUACAUACAAAAAAGUACAAACUUUCAAGGGCAGACCCUUAGUAAAACCAAUGGUAGUUGUAACAACCAGUGGGUACUUUGUCACCAUAAUCGGACCCUACCUGGCAGAUGGAAGAAACAGUGA